UGUCGCGCUCGUUGUCAGAAUUCAACUUGCGCUUGCGCCAACACCCCGUAGAGUUAUGACGAUGCCGACCCAAUCGCCGUUCUCGAUCACGUCGAUGCUCAAUGACGACAGCUGCAUGACGCACUGCCACGAAGACGACUUGUCCUCGGACGACUCGCAGACCACACCGGACGCGCGGCCGCAUGGCCGGAAGCGCCAGCGCGACUUGCAGCUCGUGACAACGCUGGCGAGCGAGGCCAUGUCACUCGAGUCGACGUUGUGGAAGAUGCGCCACGCUGUAAAGGAAAAGAUGGAGGCCGCGACGGCCUGGGAGCGCUCGGCGCGCCUCGAGGCCAUUGGCCGGCACACGCUGGAAGUUCAGCGCCGCAACCUGCAGCAAACGGUUGUCGCGCACUGCAAGGCGAUCCACUCGCUGCAGUCGCACCUCCUCAAGUCGGCGACGCUCUCGUCGAUCCCGAUGAAGCGACCGCGACGACACUACUUUAGCCCAUCGCCGCUGCCCGCGAUCGAGCGCGACGACACGAUCAUCGAUGCGUCCAAGCCACACGGCGCCGUCAAGAUGGCAUCGCUCACGUCCGAAGCCAAGGAGCUCGUCUCGAUGCGCUGCCAGCUCAUCGAGCGGCUCGACCAAAAGGCUCGGGAUGCGUCGCCUUGGGAGCUCAGUGCGCGGCAAGAGACGCUCGACAUGCACUCGGCCCUUGUUGAGAACCGCAACUUGAAGGCGUGUCUGGAAGAAUACAUGAAGUACCUCACUGCGCUGCGCUUCAUGCUGCUCAAGUGCCCUCUGGCCAACGACGAGGCCCUGACAACAACGACCAUGUAAUCUGAUGCUAUAAUUUACGCUGCACUUUGCAGGCUUUUUGAUUGGAUA